AUGUCGUCGGAUGAAGAAAGCGUUGAGGACGAAGGAGUCCCCUAUUUAGGAGAAUAUGAAGGUGAUCGAAAUGAAGAAGAGGAAAGACAUGGAAAAGGAAAAGCUAAGCUGCCUAAUGGCGAUGUAUAUGAAGGAGAAUAUUCACAUGGCAAGAGACACGGCCAGGGAACAUACAAGUGAGAUCUUUUUUAUUAUUAUUUAAUUGAAAAACAGUAAGUUAUAGAGACAACUUUAGUCGGAAAAUGAUAAUCUGGGUGACCUUUGAAAAUUGAAAGCCAGCUACUUCAAAUUUCGCGGUCAUCAAGCUACAAUGAGAUUCUUCUGCAAUGUCCUCUCUCCUUGAUAAAAUUCCUUUCACGUUUAGAUGCCGUUUAAGCGCUUAAUUCUAAUUAGGUAAUUCUUAUUGCCGAUUUUAGAUUUCAAAACGGAGCAAGAUAUACUGGAAGCUACAUGAACGGUAUAAAACACGGCGAGGGAACAUUCCUGUAUCCUGAUGGCUCCAAAUAUGAAGGGUACUGGCUUAAUGAUGUCCGUCAUGGCCGCGGGAAAUACACUUACCCGAACGGGGACAUUUACGAGGGGGAGUGGGCCGACAACCAGCGUCACGGUCAAGGGGAGUACACGUACGUGGAGACCGGGUCUAAAUACCGGGGGAUGUGGGUCCAUGGGAAAAUGGACGAAGUCGGGGAAUUGAUUCAUGCUAACCAUCGGUAUUCCGGGGGAUUUUUGCAGGAUAAACCCAGCGGAAAAGGUAAAUAUGUGUUUGAUCACGGCUGCGAGAUGCGGGGGAGAUAUGAACUGGUUGAAGUUGUUCUUGAGCCUGACAACGAGGAAGAGGAAGCCAUCACUGUUGUUGAACCAAAGUGGAAAAUAGAGGAACUUGUACCACUGGAUUGAAAAUUAAGCGCAGGUUUUAGUUGAUCGAAGGAAGAAUGCGAGAAAACGUUUUAACAUUUCAUACAGGCAUAUUUUGCUCACAAAGUAAUCAACCAAAAAUAAAUAGCCCUCCAAGACCCCAAAGACUUUUCAUUCAAUGUAUAUGAUAGUUUCGCAAAAAUAUCGGCCUCGUAGACAUUUAAUAGGUUUUUAAGCUUUCUCGUCAUGUAAAUCGAAAGUCUUCCAUACAAGAACGAAUAUAUCCCAUUUGAAAGGCAAAAUCCCUUGGGUGCCGUUAAAUGAUCUCAAAAGAGACAACAAAAGGACUGGCUGAAAAGGGUUUAUCUUCUACUUAUAAUAGAAAAUAGAGUUCC